AUGACUGCCACUAGCAGUGACCAUGGUAUUGCUGCGACUGAGGUGGGAGACAAUGAUGAUGCGCGAGGAGAGGGAAACCAGAGCAGGAAGAUGGCUAGUAUCAUUAUCUCUCCGCCACUAAGGGCAGCAACUAUGGAGGAUAACGUUACAAUUCGUAGUCGAAGCGCAAUAAGAUCUUUGUCUUUUGUGGAGGAUGAGGCAGUAGAGGAAGGGGAGCAAGUCAUUGAGGCUUUAGCUGAUAUGGAGACAAAUGAUUCUGAUGUUGCAACGAAAAUGACUAAUGAGGAGUAUGAUGAUGCUGAUGAUGAUCUUCUGGGGGAGGAAUAUAUGGAGGCUAGCGAAGAGAAGCGCGGUGAAGGCAACAUUGGUUUGACAAUUAAGGCAGAUAGCAAGAAACGAUCCGGUCGUUUAACUACAUCAUCAAAAGUCUUCUCGUCACAAGGAAAAGACUGGACAUGCGCGACAUGUUUCUAA